AUGGGGCAGAGCCAGCCAAGAGGCAGGGAGAGGCCAGAGCGGUCGUUCCGGGCAACCCACUUGAGGAUGGCUCCCAGUCUUCCGGAAGGUGCUCGGCUUGGGGAAAGCAAACCCUCGCCCUGCUCCUUUUCCAUUGAGAGCAUUUUAGGACUGGACCAGAAGAAAGACUGUGUUCCUUCAAUGAAACCCCACAGGCCCUGGGCCGACACCUGCGGCUCCUCAGCCUCAGAAAGACUGUCGUUGAAAAGAGAGCUGAGUUGGUAUCGAGGCCGGAGACCCAGAACUGCUUUUACUCAAAACCAGAUUGAAGUGUUGGAAAAUGUCUUUAGAGUUAACUGCUAUCCUGGCAUUGACAUCAGAGAAGACUUAGCUCAAAAAUUGAAUCUAGAGGAAGACAGAAUCCAGAUCUGGUUCCAAAAUCGGCGUGCAAAGCUAAAAAGGUCCCAUAGAGAAUCACAGUUCCUAAUGGCGAAAAAAAAUUUCAACACGAAUCUCCUGGAAUAGAUAG